AUGGGCCUGGACUUGGACUCGUGCAUAGAGCGGAUUAAACGGUGCGAAUCUCUGACCGAACCGGAACUCGAACAGCUCUGUUUAAAAUGCAAAGACGUGCUCGUGGAAGAGUCGAACGUGCAACCGGUGUCCUCCCCGGUGACGGUCUGUGGGGACAUCCACGGGCAAUUUCACGACCUGUUGAAGCUGUUCCAAACUGGAGGGGAAGUGCCCGAGACGAACUACGUCUUCAUGGGGGACUUCGUCGAUAGAGGAUAUAACAGUUUAGAAGUGUUCACGCUGUUGAUGUUGCUCAAGGUGAAAUAUCCGGCGCACGUGACGCUGUUGCGGGGGAAUCACGAGAGUCGACAGAUUACGCAAGUGUACGGGUUUUUCGACGAGUGCACGAGGAAGUACGGGAACGCGAACGCGUGGAGGUGGUGCACGGACGUUUUUGAUUACUUGACGUUAGCGGCGGUGAUUGAAGGGCGCGUUUUGUGCGUCCACGGGGGGUUAAGUCCGGAUGUUCGGUCGAUUGAUCAAAUUCGGACCGUGGAUCGCGUGUGCGAAAUUCCUCACGAAGGCGCGUUUUGCGAUUUGAUGUGGUCUGACCCCGAGGAUAUCGAACGGUGGGCGAUUUCGCCGAGAGGCGCGGGAUGGUUGUUCGGGCGAAAAGUUGUAGAGGAGUUUAACCACGGGAACGGGUUAGAGUUAAUUGCACGCGCGCAUCAGCUCGUCCAAGAAGGCUUGAAAUACCAGUUCCCGGAGAGGAGUUUAGUCACCGUCUGGUCUGCCCCGAACUACUGUUAUCGGUGCGGCAACGUAGCCUCGAUGUUAAGUUUUGAUAGCGAAAUGGAUAGGUCGGUGAAAUAUUUCACGGAAACGAGCGAGAAUGCAAACAUGUCCGCGCCGAGAAACAUAGCCGCCGGGUAUUUCUUAUAA